CUGUAAAAUUGCUGCUAGUCAAAUGUCGUGCAGUGUGCUUUGGAUUAUCACCCUGUCUGCUCCAAAACUAGGCCUGUCUGACAUCAUUGCACCGUUGAGAACAUACCUAACCAACAUUUUCUUCUCUUUUUAGUCUAUUCACUCCUUGUAAUUGGCAUACCCUUGCGUGCGCCUAGAAAGCGUGUCAGACUACCUCCAGUAUCACCUAUAUUCCCCCUCGCAUAAAUACUCCAUAGGUCUGGUCAAGCUAUAUCUCCUGUCAACAGGCGGUACAGGUAGUAGUCGGACCUAUCCCGCAUCGCGAGUGAGCUUGAGAGCCAAUACUCGCCCAGUUGAUAAAAAAAAAAAAAAAAAAAAAAGACUCACUGAACCUCAGUAUGGAAUCUUCAUCAAAUGAUGUCCAAGCCACGGACCGUAAUGCAUUGGUUCUGUACGGUUCAGAGACCGGCAAUGCCCAGGAUAUUGCCGAGGACCUGGGCCGCGCAGUCGAGCGUAUGAGGUUCAAAGCUACAGUGGAGGAAAUGAAUGCGGUCGAACUUAAAGAGCUUCUGCAGUACACCGUUGUUAUAUUCGUAACGUCCACAACGGGUCAGGGAGACAUACCUCAGAAUGCAAAUCGCUUCUGGCGUAGUCUUCUUCGGCGCAAACUGCCACCGUCUUGUCUGUCCCGCUUAACUUUCACCUCGUUCGGCUUGGGGGACAGUUCUUAUCCCAAGUAUAACUGGGCUGCAAGGAAGCUGUCGAAGCGUCUAGUGCAGCUAGGGGCCCAAUCCUUUUUCGAAGCUGGCGAGGGAGACGAGCGACACGAUGACAGUAUCGACACCGUAUACUUACCAUGGAAACAAAGCCUACGCUCGCAUCUUAUGUCCCACUACCCUCUUCCCGAAUCUAUAGGACCAAUACCGGAUGAUGAGCCGUUGCCGCCUCGCUUCGUGUUGUCAAUAGAUGGCACCAAAGGAGUCACAUCAUCUAUGAGCUCCACCUCAUCAGAAGACCCUCCGUCCACCCUUUUGCCGAUAGAAGAGGCAAGCGAGGCCAUCAUCCAGAGCACGUCCCGCGUCACUCCUACUGAUCACUGGCAGGAUGUGCGCCUUUUCAGCAUGGAUAUGGACGAACCUGCUGAGCCGUUGCUGCCUGGUGCGACACUCAUCGUAUACCCCAAAAACUUCAAGACCGAUGUUCAAGCACUCAUCGACCAAAUGGGAUGGCAGGAUCAGGCCGAUCAGCCUGUGCAUGCAACCAAAGUACCAAAGGAGCUCGGGUGGUGCACCAAGCUCGAGGUCUGCACUUUACGCGACCUACUCACCCACGGGCUGGACAUCACCGCAGUCCCGAGGCGUGGCUUUCUCGAGAAGCUCUUUUUCCUGACCGCAAAUGCGGAACAGCAAGAACGACUAAAGGAGCUCAUAGACCCGAGCGGGUCACAGGACUUUUACGACUACACCACCCGCCCACGUCGCACCAUUCUUGAGAUACUCGGCGACUUCCCCUCGGUCAAGAUCCCGCCCAGCUCUGCCGUGGACGUCUUCCCCGUCAUCCGCGGCAGGGAGUUCAGCAUAGCAAACUCCCCUUCCAGGCUUGCCGUCCCCGAUGAGCAAAUCACCCAUAAUCAACCUCCACAGAUCCGCAUCGAGAUUUUAGCGGCAAUGGUUGAGUACCGCACCAUCAUCCGCAAGCCACGCGUCGGCCUCUGUUCCCGCUACCUUAAGAGCCUCGCUGCGGGCGCCCGCAUCAACAUCGGUAUUAAGCAGGGUUCCGGCAUGCAGCGGCUUCUGACCCGUCCCGUGAUCGCCGUAGCGACCGGGACAGGCAUCGCGCCGAUCCGCAUGCUCCACCAAGCGCGUGCCAAAGCCACCGGCUCGACGCCGCCGGGAGAGAUGCUCCUCUUCUUUGGCUGCCGCAGCCGCAAGGUCGAUUACUACUUUGCCGACGAGUGGCGGCGUGCCGCCAACGGCUUGACCGUGAUCCCGGUCUUCUCGCGCGAUGCCGACGUCCUUAUCGACAUGGCCAAGACGGUACAGCUGGGUGGGCAGGACGAGCCACCCCCAACGGCGGGGAUGCCGGUGCCGCCAUCGCUCUCCGCAUCCACCGCGGGGCUCGACACGUCAGAGACGGGCAUGCUCCGCCGGCGUGAUGCGGGCAAGAACUACGUGCAGCAUCACAUUCGCCGUCAUGCGUACAAAGUAGCGGCCAUGAUCCGUGGCGGUGCGGCGGUUUGCGUCUGUGGCAGCUCCGGGACCAUGCCCAAGGCCGUCCGACUCGCGCUGGAGGAUGCCCUCGUCGCUGGUGGGCUGUGUGCAAGCGCUGCCGAGGCCCAGGAGUACCUUACCACGAGGGUUGAAAUUUGGCAAGAGACGUGGUGAUGGAACUGUCAAGUCAAUGAAAUGUUUUUCUUUUCUUUUCUUUCUGCUCUGAUAUAUACAUAUUAUAGCUUCGAUUUUCUUAUCAUCUUCCUCUGGUAGAUAUAUGGCGGUUGCCAAUGAAAUCGCUUCAUGAAAAACGUCAAAAUUGUGAUUAUAAACAAGCAAUAUGCCACACAUUACUGAAAAUAAAUCGCACAGGUCCAGAUGCCAAAGUGCGUUUGUAAUAUUACCAAAGCAUCGAAUC